AUGCGUAAACUUAUACACAGUAAUCAGUUCCAGUCAUACAAUUUAUUAGCUGGUGCUAAAAAUUAUUGUGAUGAAAAGGUUGGCACCGUAAAAUGUACCACCAUUCCUGGAGAGAAGAAGACCAAAGACAAUAUUCCGAAGAAAGGACCGUCUAAAAGUCCACCAGUCAAUUUGCAUGGAUGGAAAACGUACAAAGUCGGCGAAACUCGGCGGUAUUCGCCAUUCCACUUUCCUGGCCAGUCAACUGUUGAGUGGGUAGUUGCUCGGCUUGACGAUGUUCUCAACUGGGGAAGGAAAGGUUCAAUGUGGCCACUGACCUUCGGACUUGCUUGCUGUGCUUUGGAAAUGAUGCAUUACGCUGGUCCAAGAUACGACAUGGAUCGCUACGGCAUGGUGUUCCGUGGCACGCCGCGUCAGACCGACGUGAUCAUAGUCGCGGGCACGGUGACCAAUAAGAUGGCGCCCAUCCUGCGGAAGACCUACGACCUCAUGCCGGAGCCCAGAUUCGUCGUGUCCAUGGGCAGCUGCGCCAACGGCGGCGGCUACUACCAUUACACGUAUUCCACUGUGCGAGGCUGUGACAGAAUUAUACCGGUGGACAUCUACGUGCCCGGUUGUCCCCCAACAGCCGAAGCUCUGCUGUACGCCAUGCUGCAGCUCCAGAAGAAGGUCAAGCGUAUGCGGAUUUGCCAGACUUGGUACCGCCAUUGAAUAAAAUAUUUUUUUUUAAGAGUGCGCUUUUUUUGUGAAAGAUUGACUAUAUAUUCCCUGAUGGCAAGCAGUAAUAGACACGCGGUGGUAUUCUGUAACUAUGUUUUGUAUAAGCAAGUUUCGGAAUCGUCUCUAUCUCUCUCAGACUAUAGUAUCGUGUCAGACAGA